AUGGGUUUGAUUUCUGGGAUUUUCAUGGGGAUGGUGUUUGGCAUAGCAUUGAUGGCUGGAUGGGCUCGUAUGAUGAGAUACAGAAGUGCUAAGAGGAUUGCAAAGGCUGUUGACAUCAAACUCCUUGGAUCCCUCAACAGAGAUGAUCUGAAGAAAAUUUGCGGUGAAAAUCUUCCCGAAUGGAUAUCUUUCCCUGUAUAUGAGCAGGUGAAAUGGCUAAACAAGCUCCUGAGCAAACUCUGGCCAUUUGUGGCAGAAGCCGCAACGUUGGUUAUCCGAGAGUCUGUUGAACCUCUACUAGAAGAGUACAGACCUCCUGGAAUUACUUCAUUGAAGUUCAGUAAGCUGUCACUUGGAAACGUAGCUCCAAAAGUUGAAGGUAUUCGUGUGCAGAGUCUUACCAAAGGUCAAAUCAUAAUGGACAUAGAUUUCCGUUGGGGUGGUGAUCCAAGUAUCAUUUUGGCGGUUGAAGCUGCCCUUGUUGCAUCAAUCCCAAUUCAGUUGAAGGAUCUAAAAGUUUUCACAAUUAUCCGUGUUAUAUUCCAACUUGCUGAAGAGAUCCCUUGCAUUUCUGCUGUUGUUGUUGCUCUACUGGCCGAGCCCGAGCCAAAAAUUGAUUAUACUCUGAAAGCUGUUGGUGGAAGCUUAACUGCUCUUCCUGGAGUUUCAGAUAUGAUUGAGGAUACCGUGAACGCGAUUGUUAAUGAUACACUCAAAUGGCCCCAUAGAAUUGUUGUUCCACUUGGUGGUAUCCCUGUCGAUAUUAGUGAGCUGGAGCUUAAACCUCAAGGAAGACUUGAAGUGACUGUGGUGAAAGCGACCGAUUUAAAAAACAAGGAAAUGAUUGGAAAAUCAGAUCCUUACGUUGUUUUGUAUAUUCGACCCUUAUUUAAAGUUAAAACCAAGGUCAUUGACAACAACUUGAAUCCUGUUUGGGAUCAAACAUUUGAAUUGAUUGCAGAAGACAAGGAGACUCAGUCAGUGAUUUUUGAGGUUUUUGAUGAAGACAUUGGACAAGAUAAGCGAUUGGGAAUUGUGAAAUUACCUCUUAUUGAUCUGGAAGUACAAACCGAAAAGGAGUUUCAGUUGGGAUUGCUGUCAUCGCUCGAUACACUCAAGGUUAAAGAUAAGAAGGAUCGAGGAACCUUGACUGUAAAGGUUAUGUAUUACCAGUUUAACAAAGAGGAGCAACUGGCUGCACUAGAAGCAGAAAAAACUAUAUUAGAAGAAAGGAAGAAAAUGAAAGCGGCGGGGGUGAUUGGCAGCACAAUGGACGCACUGGACGGAGCAGUGUCGGUGGUGGGAUCUGGUGCUGGACUCGUUGGAAGUGGCAUUGGCGCGGGAGCUGGAGUUGUCACGAGUGGUCUUGGAACGUUCACUAGCAGUCUUACCAAGGCGGGAAAGUUUAUGGGAAGAACCAUAACAGGUCAUCAUAGCGGGUCAAGAAGGAGCGGUUCAUCUACUCCGGUUCAUAAUGCAGCGGAAAACGGUGGUGGUGCAAAGCCUCUAUAG